CGAUUGCAAGAGCAACGGCAGCCGCCGCCGCAGCAACACCGGCGGCGGAGGAAGAAGCGCUGGGCUGCCGGCUUUCUUCUUCUGCUUCAGCUUCUUCUUCUUCUUUCCUGGCUGGCACCUUUUUCGGUCAAUGGAUACCUUACGCAAGGAAGCGGCUGGCAAGCUCCGGAGCUGAUCCCAUCACCGGCUUGGAAGGAAGGGAUGAAAGAAUGAUGUGAUGGAGAAGAAUAUGGGCCACUGGUCAUAUCCUUUGGCCCCCGCUUCUGGCCUCGUCUUCCUGCUUGUUCAGCUUUUGGGUAACAUCUGCCAUGGCCUUCAAGGGAGUUUACCACUGGGCUUCCACUUCACACAUUCUAUUUACAACACCACAGUGUACGAAAACUCAGCGGCACGGACUUACUUGAACAGCCAGAGCAGAAUGGGCAUCGCGAUGGCUGACUUCUCUUGGGACAUCAAGUACAGGAUUGUGUCUGGUGAUGAUGAAGGUUUCUUCAAAGCAGAGGAAGUGGCAAUAGCUGAUUUUUGUUUCCUUAGGAUAAGAACUAAAGGGGGGAAUUCCGCCAUACUGAAUCGAGAAAUCCAGGACAAUUAUUUAUUGGUAAUAAAAGGUUCCGUCCGGGGAGAAGACUUGGAAGCUUGGACGAAAGUGAACAUACAGGUUUUGGACAUGAAUGAUUUACGACCUUUAUUUUCACCCACCACCUAUUCUGUAACGAUACCUGAAAGCACACCUUUGAGGACUAGUAUCGCGCAGGUCACCGCAACGGACGCCGAUAUUGGUUCGAAUGGCGAAUUCUAUUACUACUUUAAAAAUAAAGUGGAUCUGUUCUCAGUCCAUCCCACCAGCGGAGUUAUCUCCUUAAGCGGCAGGCUAAACUACGACGAGAAGAACCGCUAUGACCUUGAAGUUCUGGCUGUGGACCGAGGGAUGAAGCUGUAUGGUAACAACGGAGUAAGCAGCACUGCCAAACUUUAUAUUCAUAUUGAACGUAUAAAUGAGCACGCCCCAACUAUUAAUGUAGUGACCCACGUCCCCUUCCCUUUGGAUAAGGACUCUAUGUAUGCUGUAGUUAACGUUGAUGAUCUAGAUGAAGGUGCCAACGGUGAAAUUGAAUCCCUUUCUAUUGUUGCUGGAGAUCCCUUGGAGUACUUUCAGUUGGUCAAGGAGGGCAGAUGGUUGAAUGAGUACAAAAUCAAAGAAAAAAAGUCCCUUGAUUGGGAUGCUUACCCUUAUGGUUACAAUCUCACUUUACAAGCCAAAGACAAGGGGUCUCCUCAGAAGUUCUCAGCUAUGAAACUGGUCCAUAUUGCCAGCCCUAAGAAAAAGAACAAUCCGGUCAAAUUUGAAAAGGAAAGUUACGAUGUAGCGAUCAGCGAAUUCUCUCCUCCUGGAGUCGUUGUUGCCAUUGUUAAAUUAACCCCAGAAACCCAGGGAGAAGAAUACAAAUUAACCCUCAGCGAAGAUGCACAAUAUUUUAAGAUAAAUCCCAAAACAGGGCUGCUUACCACAGCACUUCCUUUAAAAAUUGUUGACAAGGAAUUGUACGACUUGGAAGUCACAAAUAAAGAAGGGGACUUAAAAGCACCUGUGGCUGUGAGGAUCGAAGAUGCCAAUGAUCACAUUCCAGAGUUCACUCAGCCUUCGUACAGCUCCUAUAUCAACGAAAGCGUCUCCGUGGGGACUAAUAUUCUAUCGAUUUCGGCCUUCGACAAAGAUCGUGGGGAAAAUGGCUACAUUACGUACAGCAUCGCUAGUUUAAAUUCGCUCCCCUUUUCCAUCAACCAGUUUACUGGGGUUAUUAGCACGUCCGAAGAACUGGAUUUUGAGUCCUCCCCAGAGAGUUACCGGUUUAUUGUGCGGGCUUCGGAUUGGGGUUCCCCUUACCGCCAUGAAAGCGAGGUAAAUGUCACCAUUGUCAUAGGCAACGUGAAUGAUAACAAGCCGCUCUUUGAGAAGGUGGCUUGUCAAGGAGUCAUCUCGUCAGAUUUUCCCGUCGGUGGGCAUAUCACAGCUGUCUCUGCUAUAGAUAUAGACGAGCUGGAGCUGGUGAAAUACAAAAUUAUUUCAGGUAACGAAUUGGGUUUUUUUUACCUGAAUCCAGACUCGGGAGUUCUACAGCUUAAAAAGUCUCUUGCUGGUGCUGGAAUCAAGGCUAGUAAUUUUGGACUUCGGAUCACGGCAACUGACGGGGAAUAUUUUGCAGACUCUAUGUUUGUCAACAUUUCAGUAGUUCAUGGAAAGGUCUCCUCCAAGACCUUCAGCUGCAGAGAGACCAGGGUCGCUCAGAGGCUGGCAGAGAAGCUGCUGAAAAAGGCCAAAGCCAAUGUCAAACUUAAUUCAGAAGAUGGCUUUCUUGAUUUUUAUUCUGUGAACAGGCAGGCCCCACAUUUUGAUAAAUCCUUUCCCUCGGACCUGUCAGUAAGAGAAGAUCUCCCUGUUGGUGCUACCAUACAUCGAAUCAAGGCUUACGAUGCUGAUUCUGGAUUUAAUGGAAAGGUCCUCUACACCAUAUCAUCCGGUAACACUGACAGCUGUUUCAACCUUGAAAUGGAGACGGGUCUGCUGAAGGUCCUUAUGGCGCUGGAUCGUGAGAAGACUGAACUGUAUCUUCUUAAUAUUACCAUUUACGACUUGGGCAACCCCCAGAAAGCCACGUGGAGAUUACUUACCAUCACCGUUGAAGAUGCCAACGAUAACAAGCCUGUAUUUUUGCAGGAAAGUUACACGGUUAAUAUUUUGGAGAGUACAAGUAUCGGUGUGGAGAUUAUCCAGGUGGAGGCCAGGGACCGAGAUCUGGGAGUAAACGGAGAAGUGGUUUACUCUAUCUUGACAGACACGCGGCAAUUUGUAAUCAAUAGCUCCACAGGGAUCAUUUAUGUGGGGGAUCAUUUGGAUAGGGAAGCCAAGGCAAAUUUUACAUUAAAGAUAGAAGCAAGAGACAGAGCAGAGAAUGGACACCAGCAGUUUUCUGUCAUUCCCUUAAAGGUGUUUUUGGAUGACGUCAACGAUUGCGCUCCGGUUUUCAUCCCACCUAGCUAUAGCGUGAAAGUCUUGGAAGAUUUACCAGUUGGUACAGUCAUCGCUUGGCUUGAAACCCAAGAUCCGGAUCUUGGUCUUGGGGGACAAGUGCGUUACUCUUUGGUGAACGAUUACAACGGGAGAUUUGAAAUAGACAAGUCCAGCGGAGCCAUCCGGCUCAGCAAAGAACUCGAUUACGAGAAGCAGCAGUUCUACAAUUUGACCGUACGAGCCAAGGAUAAGGGGCGCCCCGUUUCCUUAUCCUCGGUGUCCUUUGUAGAAAUCGAAGUGGUGGAUGUAAAUGAAAAUCUCUACACGCCUUAUUUUUCUGACUUUGUGGUGAUCGGCUCUGUGAAGGAAAACUCCCGCAUCGGCACAAGUGUUUUGCAAGUGAAUGCUAGGGAUGACGACACUGGCAGAGAUGGCGAGAUCCAGUAUUCCAUCCGUGACGGCAGUGGACUUGGACGUUUUAACAUAGAUGAAGAAACGGGAGUUAUAUACACAGGUGAUAUACUUGAUCGAGAGACGACUCAGUCCUACUGGCUAACUGUGUAUGCCGCAGACCGUGGAGUUGUUCCGCUUUAUACCACCAUUGAGGUCUACAUUGAAGUGGAAGAUGUAAAUGACAAUGCGCCCUUGACUUCCGAACCCAUUUAUUAUCCGUCUGUUUUGGAAAAUUCCCCGAAGGACGUUUCAGUCAUUCAGAUACAGGCACAAGAUCCUGAUUCCAGCACUACUGAAAAGAUGACGUACAGGAUUACAAGUGGAAACCCACAAAACUUUUUUGCCAUCAACACCAAAACCGGGCUCAUAACCACAACUUCAAGAAAGCUAGAUCGUGAACAGCAGGCAGAACAUUUUCUUGAGGUGACAGUAACGGAUGGAGGGGUCUCUCCCAAGCAGUCAACGGUAUGGCUGGUGGUCCAGGUUUUGGAUGAAAACGAUAACAAGCCUCAGUUCCCAGAGAAAGUCUAUCAGGUCAAGUUGCCCGAAAGGGACCGAAAGAAGAGAGGGGAGCCCAUAUACCGAGCCUUUGCCUUCGACAAGGACGAAGGCCCCAACGCUGAGAUUUCCUACAGCAUUGUGGAUGGAAACGAAGACGCCAAGUUCUUCAUUGACCCCAAGACUGGAAUGGUUUCUUCGCGAAAGCAGUUCACCGCGGGGAGCUAUGAUAUCUUAACUAUCAAAGCGGUUGACAAUGGCCGGCCCCAGAAGUCUUCUACCGCACGCCUCCACAUCGAAUGGAUUAAGAAGCCACCUCCGUCCCUCGUUCCUCUGACUUUUGAUGAGCCCUUCUAUAACUUCACUAUCAUGGAAAGUGACCGAGUGACCGAAAUUGUCGGCGUGGUCUCGGUGCAACCUGCUAAUAUCCCCUUGUGGUUUGACAUCAUUGGGGGGAAUUUCGAGAGCUCUUUCGAAGCGGACAAAGGUGUGGGGACGAUUGUCGUCGCAAAACCCUUGGACGCGGAGCAGAGAUCGAUGUACAACAUGACAGUGGAAGUCACCGAUGGAACCAAUGUUGCCAGCACUCAGGUAUUAAUCAAAGUUUUGGACAACAACGAUAACGGUCCAGAAUUUUCCCACCCAAACUACGAUGUGAUGAUUUCUGAGGACAUCAUGCCCGACACCGAGAUCCUUCAAGUAGAAGCCAUGGACAGAGAUGAGAAGCACAAGCUCAGCUACAUCAUCCACAGCAGCCUGGAUUCCAUCAGCAUGAGAAAAUUCAGGAUGGAUCCCAACACAGGCGUGCUGUAUACCGCCGAGCGUUUAGAUCACGAAGCUCAAGAUAAGCACAUCCUCAACAUAAUGGUUCGAGACCAGGAGUUUCCCUAUCGACGUAACCUGGUGAGGAUUAUUGUCAACGUGGAGGAUUCGAACGAUCACAGUCCUUACUUCACCAGCCCUCUGUACGAAGCCUCUGUGUUUGAAUCGGCUGCCGUCGGCUCAGCAGUUUUGCAGGUCACUGCCCUGGACAAAGAUAAAGGAGAGAACGCAGAGUUGAUGUACACCAUAGAAGCAGGGAAUACCGGAAACACGUUCAGGAUUGAACCAAUUCUAGGCAUCAUCACCGUGCUGAAAGAACCAGACCUGACUACCAUGAACCAGUUUGUUCUAUCCGUUAAAGCGGCCGAUCAGGGUUCUCCCCCAUUGUCAGCCACUGCCAUUGUUCGCAUAUCUGUGACGAUGUCAGACAACGCCCACCCCAAAUUCACGCACAAGGAGUGGCAAGCUGAAAUCAAUGAAAAUGUUGAUUUUGGGACUUCGGUUAUCCAAGUCUCGGCAAUCAGUCAGUCUACAUUAGUGUACGAAGUCAAAGAUGGCAAUGUAGACGGAGCCUUCAUGAUAAACCCUUAUUCUGGAGUCAUCACGAGCCAGAAGUCUCUUGAUUAUGAACACACUUCCUCUUACCAGCUCGUAGUGCAAGCCACAAACAUGGCAGGGAUGGCAUCAAAUGCCACUGUAAACAUCCAGAUAGUUGAUGAAAAUGACAACCCGCCUGUUUUUCUUUUUUCUCAAUACUUGGGCAGCAUCAGUGAAGCCGCACCUGUAAAUAGCAUUGUCCGGAGCGUGGGAAAUAAUCCUCUUGUGAUACGAGCCACGGAUGCCGAUAGUAAUCAAAAUGCACUGCUCGUCUACCAGAUUGUGGAGUCAACUGCCAAGAAUUAUUUUACAGUAGACUCUAGUACAGGUGCGAUUAGAACGAUUGCUGAUUUGGAUCACGAAACCAUCGCUCAUUUCUACUUCCACGUUCACGUUCGAGAUAGUGGCAAUCCCCAGCUUACUGCAGAAAGUCCCGUGGAAGUUACCAUUGAUGUAACGGAUGUCAACGAUAAUCCUCCAGUGUUCAGCCAGGCAAUGUUUGAAACCAUCUUGCUUCUACCAACUUACGUGGGAGUGGAGGUCCUUCAAGUCAAGGCCGUGGACCCAGAUUUAGAAGUCCCCUCUGAACUGACUUACAGCCUGAUUGAAGGGAACACAGAAUAUUUUCUCAUUGAUCCAAUUUCUGGGGUGCUGACCAUAAAAAACAACAGCCUUUCCAAAGACCAUUAUAUGCUGAUCGUGAAAGUGUCCGAUGGGAAAUUUUACAGUAGUGCUAUAGUGACAAUAAUGGUCAAGGAAGCCAUGGAUAGCGGUCUUCACUUCACUCAGAACCAUUAUUCUACAUCAAUCUUGGAGAACAGCACUAACGUCACCAAGGUAGCAGUGGUCAGUGCAAUUGGAAACCGUCUCAAUGAGCCCUUGAAGUAUAGUAUAUUAAACCCCGGGAACAAAUUCAAGAUCAAACCCACGUUAGGUCUUAUUCAAACUGUUGGCCUUCCGUUUGACAGAGAAGAACAGGAACUAUAUGAAUUGGUGGUAGAGGCUAGCCGCGAGCUGGACCAUCUACGGGUGGCCAGAGUGGUUGUCCGAAUUCUCAUUGAAGACAUCAACGACAAUGCUCCAGUGUUUGUUGGGCUUCCGUACUACGCUGCUGUUCAAGUUGAGGCUGAUCCUGGCACUCUGAUAUACAGAGUCAGGGCCAUUGAUAAAGACAAGGGUGCAAAUGGGGAUGUAUCUUACCUAUUGAAGGAGGACUACGGGCACUUUGAAAUCGACAGUCACAGUGGGAGCAUCACCUUGAAAGCACCCUUUAACUCCGACUUAUCUAAUAUAGAAUAUUUAAUUGUUGUCAUAGCUAAAGAUGGAGGUGACCCAUCACUCUCCGCUUCUGUGGAACUGCCCAUCACCAUUGUUAAUAAGGCCAUGCCCAUCUUUGACAAGCCCUUCUACACAGCCUCUGUCAAUGAAGACAUAGAUAUGAACACCCCGAUCCUGAGUAUCAAUGCUACCAGCCCAGAAGGUCAAGAUAUCAUUUACAUCAUAGUAGACGGGGAUCCUUAUAAUCAAUUCAACAUUGACUUUGACACAGGAGUCCUCAGUGUCAUCAGUCCAUUAGACUAUGAACUCAAUCCCAUUUUCAAGUUGACAGUGAGAGCCAGUGAUGCUCUUACUGGUGCCCGAGCUGAAGUUACAGUGGACUUAAUUAUCAAGGAUGUCAAUGACAAUGCUCCAAUUUUUGACCACUUUGCUUAUAACGCCACCUUAACCGAAGCCUCCUUGAUUGGGACUCCUGUCUUACAGGUCAUUGCUACCGAUGCAGAUUCCGACAAUAACAAAAUCAUUCAGUACCAGAUAGUCCAGGACACUUUCAAUAGCACGGAUUAUUUUCAUAUCGAUGGGACAAGCGGACUGAUCCUAACUGCCCGCUUGUUGGACCAUGAACUGAUGCAGCAGUGCAGCUUAAAAGUACGGGCCACCGAUAACGGAUUCCCACCUCUAAGCAGUGAAGUUCUAGUUAACAUCUACGUGACAGAUAUGAACGACAACCCUCCUAUUUUUAAUCAGUUGAUCUAUGAAUCUUACGUCAGUGAAUUAGCUCCUCGGGGUCAUUUUGUGACCUGUGUCCAGGCUUCUGAUGCAGACAGCUCCGAUUUUGACCGAUUGGAGUACAGUAUCUUGUCUGGAAAUGACCGUACCAGUUUUGUGAUGGAUACCAAGAGUGGCGUCAUCACGCUGUCAAAUCAUCGGAAGCAGAGAAUGGAGUCAAUGUACAGCUUGAACGUUUCUGUUUCUGAUGGUUUGUUCACCAGCACUGCUCAAGUCCAUAUCCAGAUUCUUGGAGCUAAUUUGUACAGCCCCGUAUUCACACAAAGUAUUUAUGUGGCAGAAGUCAGAGAAAACGCUGUCCCGGGAACCAGGGUGAUCCACGUAAAAGCAACCGAUGGAGAUUCGGGCAUCUACGGUCAGAUAAGUUACUCCAUCAUCAAUGAUUUCGCCAAAGACAGAUUUGUCAUUGACAACAAAGGGCAGAUCCUCACCACGGAGAAACUCGAUAGGGAGCUCCCUUUAGAAGGUGACAUCACCAUAUUUUUAAGAGCUCUCGAUGGUGGAGGGAGGAGCACGUUCUGCACGGUCCGAGUCAUAGUGGUGGAUGAGAACGACAAUGCCCCACAGUUCAUGACUGUGGAAUACAGAGCAAGUGUCAAAGCAGAUGUUGGGAAAGGCCACUUAGUCACCCAGGUCCAAGCUUUUGAUCCUGAUGAUGGUGCCAAUGCUAGGAUUGUCUACUCCCUGUAUAGUGAAGCCUCUGUUUCUGUGGCGGAUCUCCUGGAAAUUGACCCAGACAAUGGAUGGAUGGUAACCAAGGGGAAUUUCAACCAGCUAAAAAAUACGGUGCUAUCUUUUUUUGUCAAAGCUGUUGACGGCGGCAUUCCCAUACGGCAUUCCCUUAUCCCUGUGUACAUACACGUUUUACCUCCAGAAACCAUCUUGCCUUCGUUUUCUCAACCUCAGUAUUCUUUUACAGUAUCAGAAGAUGCCCUCAUCGGGAGUACAAUUGAUGCUCUCCACGUUUUGCCUAACCAAGGCGUCAUCUACAGCACGGUCAAUGGCGAAUUGACCGGAAACAACAAGGAUGGAGUUUUUAUUAUAGAGCAAGACACUGGCAUUAUAAAACUGGACAAGAGGCUGGAUCAUGAGGCAGACCCUGCCUUUCAUUUUAAAGUGGCUGCAACCCUACAGCUUGAUAAGGUGGACAUUGUGGUAGCCGUGGAUGUGGACAUUAAAGUUCUAGACAUUAACGACAACAAGCCUAUUUUUGAGGCAGCCAAGUACGACACGAUCGUGAUGGAGGGAAUGCCAAUAGGGACUAAACUUGUACAAGUCAAAGCAACCGACGCAGAUUCCGGGGCCAACGGGCAAGUCACCUAUUCUCUCUUAACAGAACUGGAUAUUGACCGGAUCUCGGAGGUGUUCACUAUUGACAGCAACAGUGGCUGGAUCAGCACCUUGAAAGAUUUAGACCAUGAGACGGAUCCCACAUUUGCCUUCACGGUGGUUUCUUCUGACCUGGGAGAAGCCCUGUCCCUCUCCUCAACUACCUUAAUCUCGGUCACCGUGACUGACAUCAACGACAAUGCUCCCGUAUUCCAGCAGGAGAUGUACAGGGGGACUGUGAAGGAGAGUGACCCACCGGGAGAAGUCGUGGCUGUCCUUAGCACUUGGGAUGAAGAUACCUCUGACAUCAACCACCAAAUUAGCUACCAUAUUACAGGAGGAAACCCCAAAGGGAAGUUUGCUCUUGGCCUGGUUCAGAACGAAUGGAAGGUGUACGUCAAGAGACCUCUGGAUCGAGAAGAGCAGGAUGUCUACCUGCUGAACAUAACAGCCACGGAUGGACUGUUUGUAACCCAGAGUGCGGUGGAAGUGACCGUCACCGAUGUUAAUGACAACAGCCCCGUCUGUGAUCAGGUUACAUAUAUGGCAAUAUUUCCCGAGGACAUCCCUCCCAACAAAAUCAUCCUUAAAAUGGGUGCGCAUGAUGUAGACAUUGGAUCCAAUGGCGAAAUUCGCUAUUCUUUAUAUGGCUCAGGAAACGGCAAGUUUCUUUUGGAUCCUGAAAACGGGGAGCUCAAAACCUUAGCUCCGUUAGACCGUGAAAGGACCCCUGUCUACAAUCUGAUCGCCCAGGCAACUGAUGGGGGAGGGAAGUUCUGCCAGUCAAAACUCCAUCUAAUAUUGGAAGAUGUCAAUGAUAAUCCUCCACUGUUUUCUUCUGAGCACUACACUGCCUGCGUCUAUGAGAACACCGCCACCAAAGCCUUAUUGACAAGAGUUCAAGCCAAUGACCCUGACGUAGGGGUGAACCGAAAGAUUGUGUACUCCCUGGCCGAUUCUUCAGAAACUUUCUUCUCUGUGGACAUGUCUUCAGGGAUCAUCAUUUUGGAACAUCCUCUGGACCGGGAACUUCAGUCUUCCUAUAAUGUCACCAUUAAAGCUUCCGACCAGGGCAUUGUGCAGACACUGUCCUCGUUUGCCACCGUUACAAUUACCGUCCUGGACAUUAAUGACAACCCUCCUGUCUUUGAGAGGAGAGAUUACCUGGUUGAAGUGCCCGAGGAUACCUCCCCUAAUGCCGGGAUACUUUCUGUGUUUGCGACCAGCAAAGACAUUGGGACAAAUGCGGAGAUCACCUACCUCAUCAGAUCGGGCAACGAAAAAGGAAAAUUCCAGAUCGAUUCCAAAACAGGGUCCAUAUCUGUAAUUGAAGCUUUGGACUAUGAAAUGUGUAAGGACUUCUUCCUGGUCAUUGAAGCUAAAGAUGGGGGCAGCCCAGCUCUGAGUGCUGUGACAACAGUGAAUAUAAAUGUGACAGACGUUAAUGAUAACCCACCAAGAUUUAGCCAAGAUGUCUAUAGUGCAGUCAUCAGUGAAGACGCAUCAGUUGGUGACUCGUUAGUAAUGUUGAUAGCCGAAGAUGUGGACAGUCCUCCCAAUGGACUGAUUUCUUUCUCCAUUAUCAGCGGAGACCAAAACAAUGAAUUUUCAAUUGAUCCUGGCUUGGGACUGAUUAAAGUUAAAAAGAGAUUGGACCGAGAACGGGUUUCAGGAUAUUCAUUAGUUGUGCAGGCUCAAGACAGCGGUAACCCUCCUUUGACGGCCACCGUGACGGUCAAUGUUGACAUUUCUGAUGUGAACGAUAACAGUCCCGUGUUUACACCUGCCAAUUAUACAGCUGUGAUUCAGGAAAACAAACCAGUGGGAACCAGUAUUCUGCAAUUGGUGGUAACGGAUAAAGACUCCCUGCACAAUGGCCCGCCUUUCACCUUCGCCAUCCUGGCUGGAAACGAAGAGAAAGAAUUCAUACUUGACCAGCAAGGCAUCUUGCGAUCCGCUGUCAUCUUCAAACGCAUGGUAGCCACUGAAUAUGUGCUGUGUAUUCAGGCCAAGGAUUCAGGGAAGCCUCAACAGGUUUCCCAUACCUUCAUUCAGAUCCGGGUGAUCGAAGAAAGCAUCCACAAGCCCACAGCCAUUCCCCUGGAGAUUUUUAUCGUGACUAUGGAAGACGACUUCCCGGGAGGCGUCAUCGGAAAGAUCCAUGCGACAGACCAAGAUGUCUACGAUGUCCUCACCUACGGCCUGAAGUCAGAGCAGAAAAGUUUGUUCAAGGUCAACAACCACGACGGAAAGAUCAUUGCCCUCGGAGGGUUAGACAGCGGGAAGUAUAUCCUGAAUGUGUCUGUCAGCGAUGGGCGCUUCCAGGUCCCCAUGGACGUGACGGUCAACGUCGAGCAGUUGGCCCAGGAGAUGUUGCAGAACACCGUCACCAUCCGCUUUGAGAACAUCUCCCCGGAGGAUUUUGUGGGUCUUCACAUGCACGGCUUCAGGCGCACCCUGCGCAACGCUGUCCUCACCCAAAAGCAAGAUAGCCUGCACAUCAUCAGUAUUCAGCCCGUGGCAGGUAGCAAUCAGCUUGACAUGCUCUUUGCGGUUCAGAUGCACGCCGGCGGCUUCUACAAGCCGGCCUACUUGAUUCAGAAGCUCACCAACGCAAGGCGACACUUGGAAAAUGUGAUUCGCAUCGCUGCCAUCCUUGAGAAGAAUUGCUCCGGGCUGGAUUGUCAGGAGCAGCAUUGCGAGCAAAACCUGUCUAUCGAUUCCCAUUCCCUGAUGACUUACAGCACCGCCCGGAUUAGUUUCGUGUGUCCACGGUUCUACCGCAACGUCCGCUGCUCUUGUGAUGGAGGAUUGUGCCCAGGCUCCAACGAUCCUUGCACAGAAAAGCCUUGCCCAGGAGAUAUGCAAUGUGUAGGCUACGAAAUCAACCAGAGGCUGUUCAUCUGCCAGUGUCCACCUGGAAAACUUGGAGAAUGCUCAGGACACACUUCCCUGAGCUUCGCUGGGAACAGUUACAUCAAAUACCGGGUUUCUGAAAAUAGCAAGAACGAAGAAUUCAAAUUGGGCCUCCGUCUGAGGACUCUGCAAAGCAACGGAAUUAUAAUGUACACCAGAGCAAAUCCCUGUAUAAUUCUGAAGGUUGUGGACGGUAAACUGUGGUUCCAGUUGGACUGUGGCGCUGGCCCGGGCAUCCUGGGAAUUUCGGGCAGGACUGUGAAUGAUGGGAGCUGGCAUUCCGUCUUCCUUGAGUUGAACCGGAACUUCACCAGCCUCUCGCUCGAUGAUAGCUACGUGGAGAGGCGCAAAGCUCCCCUUUAUUUCCAGACCCUGAGCACUGAUAGCUCCGUUUAUUUCGGAGCCCAGGUCCAGGUGGACAACGUCCGAAGCUUAACAGACAAGAGAUCCACCCAGGUCUUGAGCGGCUUCCAAGGCUGUUUGGAUUCCAUUAUUCUCAAUAACAACGAGUUGCCUCUCCAGAACAAACGCAGCAGCUUUGCAGAGGUGGUGGGACUAACCGAGUUGAAGCUUGGCUGUGUGCUGUAUCCGGACCCCUGUGAACGUAACCCUUGUCAGAAUGGAGGAACCUGUAUCAGUGUGCCAUCUGGGGGUUACCAGUGCAGUUGCCUUUCUCAGUUCACUGGACGAAACUGUGAAUCGGAGAUCACCGCCUGCUUUCCAAAUCCUUGCCACAACGGGGGAUCCUGUGAUCCCAUAGGCAGCGCCUUCAUUUGCACCUGCAAGAGUGGAUUAACGGGAGUGACAUGCGAUGAAGACAUCAACGAGUGUGAACGAGAGGAAUGCGAGAACGGGGGCUCUUGUGUCAAUGUAUUCGGUUCCUUUCUGUGUAACUGCACUCCCGGAUACGUGGGCCAGCACUGUGGACUAAGGCCCGUGGUGGUCCCUAAUAUCCAAGCUGGCCAUUCUUAUGUGGGCAAAGAAGAAUUGAUCGGCAUCGCUGUUGUUCUUUUCAUCAUCUUUUUGUUGGUAGUCCUCUUCAUUGUCUUCCGCAAGAAAGUUUUCCGGAAGAAUUACUCUCGGAACAACAUUACUUUAGUCCAAGACCCCGCCACUGCUGCGCUGCUCCACAAAAGCAACGGCAUCCAGUUCAAGAACAUGAGGACCAGUGGCGACAGCCGCAAUAUCUACCAAGAAGUAGGACCUCCUCAGGUCCCAGUCAGGCCAAUGGCCUACACCCCUUGCUUCCAGAGUGAGUCUAGGAACAAUUUGGACAAGAUAGUUGACGGACAUGGGGUGGAACAUCAAGAGAUGACAACUUUCCACCCGGAAUCUCCUCGGAUCCUGACAGCAAGGAGGGGUGUUGUAGUGUGCAGUGUGGCCCCCAAUUUACCCGCUGUAUCUCCAUGCCGUUCUGAUUGUGACUCCAUCAGGAAGACCUGGGAAAACGGCAAUGAAAGCAAAGAACUUGACGAUAUGGAAGAAGUGACCUGUUUGUCGGGAAGCAAUAAAGGCAGUAAUUCAGAAGUUCAGUCCCUCAGCUCCUACCAGUCGGAUUCUGGUGAUGAUAAUGCUUCCAUUGUGACUGUCAUACAGCUUGUCAACAAUGUAGUUGACACAAUAGAAAACGAAGUCUCUGGUAUGGAUGAAGGACAGAACUGCAAUAGAGCUUAUCAUUGGGACACUUCUGACUGGAUGCCGAGUGCGCGUUUAUCUGACAUUGAGGAGGUGCCCCACUACGAGGCAGCCGAUGGCAGCUCAGCUCAUCAUGGGAGCACCAGGGAGCUUGAGACGGAUUACUACCUUGGUGGUUACGAUAUUGAUAGUGACUAUCCUCCACCGCAUGAGGAGGAGUUUUUAAACCAAGACCAAUUGCCCCCUCCCCUCCCAGAGGAUUACCCAGACCACUACGAAGCCCUCCCGCCCUCCCAGCCAAUCUCCAUGGCCAGCACGCUGAGCCCAGACUGCCAGAGGCGGCCACAGUUUCACCCGAGCCAAUAUCUCCCUCCUCACCAGUUCCCCAACGAGAUGGACAACGGUGGGACUCAGACUGGGAACGAAUUUAGUACUUUUGGCGUUGGCCCAGGACCAAAUACUGGCAACAGUGUGGCCAAGAAACCCUUGGCUUUACACAAUUCUCUGGACGCAUCCUCGUCUGAUGUUUCGAUGGGCUGUGGUUUCGAUGACUCUGAGAUUGCCAUGAGCGACUACGAAAGCAUCGAGGACUUCUCUCUCGAUCACCAUCAGAUUCACAUUCCUUUUGUGGAGAUCCAUCAGCAGACUCAAGUGUGAAGGAGCUGUUGUUCAUGGACUUCAUUGCUGUUGUUUGGUCCCGUUCAUAGCAUAACUCAACAACUCUUCUCUUUUGCGUCGUAAGUGUUCUACAUCUGGUGCAAGGUUGAGAUCCCAUCAUUUUCAGCCUGCCAAGAAGAUUGACGUUGUGCAUGCACAUUACAGGGUGAAAACUGCAGGUUGUCUCGGAAAAUCGGUACCCGAGGUUUCAUCCAUUAAUUAGUCUUUGGAGUUAGCAUUUACUGCUUAUUGCCAAAAGAAAGAUUUCCUGAAAAUGGUUUGAUGGCAGACUGACCCUUCCAUUUUGCAGCAUUGCGUUCUAAACCAUUUAAAACCCUGUAUCGGUUAAUCAAAGGAAAGGAUAGCUGGUAAUUUCCCUCCCUAAAACCUUUCUAAAUCAGUUCAUUCAGAAUUGCUGGUCCAUUAAAUGUAGUAUUUCUACAUUGCCCCAUUUGUUGGCUGAUUGUGUUGAAUGCACUCACUCAUAAACACAGCGUAAGCCAAUCGUCCUCAGCUUGAUACUUUCCCAGAGUAUUAAGCUGCACUUCCCAUAAUUGCUGAUCAGCAUGCUUCUUGGUCAUUCAGGCUAUGAAUAAUGGGUAUUGUAAUCCAAGACACCAAGAGGACGUCCAAUCAGGAGUGGUUCUAACUCAUGCCUACAGCUCUAAUUCUAAAAGAAACAGGGAAUUAAGAGUUACUUGGCCAUCAGGAUGAAGCAGAUCGUAGCUAUUAAGAUGGUCUCCUUGAUCCAACAAUGUAUGCCACUGAGCCAUCAGUCUUGCUGGCUGUCAUAUAAACAACAGUGUGUCAACGUGAAAUUUAACACCUAGAAAUUUCAUUCAUCUUUCAAUGCCAUAUACUCUGACCCAGUGGUGGGAUCCUGCCGGUUUAACAACCGGUUCGGUGAUCACGCGCUUUGCGCGCUUGUGCUAAUUUUCCGCGGGGGAGCAACACAGCUGAGGUAUGGCAAUCCGCUUUGCCACGUGAAUCAGCUGAGAAGAUAUAAGUCAGUAAAACGCAGAGGCGGGUGGGCCCACCUGAUCAUCAGAGCGAACCAGUUCACUCGAUCCGGUCCGAACCAGUAGAAUCCCACCCCUGCCCUGACCUUAAUUCAGGACUGACACUGCAGCCUUGGAUGGGUCAGGAAUAGAAAAAUGGAAUGGCCCUGGUGGAUGGAUUAGUUGUUUAUUUUUUAAUUUAUUUGUUGGGUUCCCUGUCCUCUUCUGAGCCUUGAUUCUUAGGAUACAUCAACAGCAAUUGUUUUCCCCAUUUAUCUUUAAAUUUACCAUUUACCCUACAGUCGGUAAUGACUAGCCGAGUAAUAUCCAUAGGUAGUCCUUUCCCCUUUUACCUUUAAAGAGUGCCAUUGUAGCUGUUGACUCCAUCACCACCAUGUAUUUUAGAGGUGUGGGGGAGAAAAAGAAACCCCCAGCCAGAUGAUCUUUUUCACAUGUUUUGAACACUGUUGCCACAUUCUUUUGUCUCACUUGGAAUUCAAGUUUCCAUCUUGCAUGGAAGAAAAUGCCAGGAGAAGAAAAUGCCAGCCUACCAGCACAACUGAAAGGAGAAAAUAAAUGAUUACUGGUGGAAGGGAAUUAUGGUUUACGGAUGUCCCGGCAGGUCUUUCGUGGGCUUCGUCUGCGGGGGUGGGAGGAGGGGGGGUUCAAAAAAAUCAAGAUGGGGGCUGCAACCAGUGUAACUUAAGGCUCAUUCACUUUUCAUGUGUGUGUUGCACAUAAUGACACACGAAAGAUGUGGCUUUGAUCAUCUCACAACAGGUUGCCUUCUUGAUUUUUGCAAACCACACGUCCCCUUUGCAAACACCCGAUUCUCAAUCAUAUCUUGUCUUUAUCAGUACUACGUUGAAUGAGUGCUUCCAUCCCCAAUUGAGAUAGAUUUUCUAACAAUUCUUUACACCAAGUGACAAAUUUUGUUUUUACUUGGUUUGAUAAGUUAAAUAUUUCUGGUGUCCUCACGCUAAUCAGCACUUAUUUCAGACUUGGAAGAUACCGGUUAAUAGAUCAUAUCAAGCCAAGUGAUUCAAUCAAAGGCCAUGCAAUAAACAAGGGAGCAGCUUUAUUUUACAAAGGUUAUCUAAAUUUUAUGUUGGAAGUCGAAUGAAUCUGUUGAUUACAACUCCCGUUGUAAAUCUUAAUUUUAUGUUGGAAAUCGAAUGAAUCUGUUGAUUACAACUCCCGUUUCAGGCUAUAAGAAUAUUGUAACUAAGGGUUAUGUUAUAAGAAAUGGUCUGGUUAGAAAAACGUGUAUAAAAAAUCAUUUUCGAGCCAAGACAAUACACUGCUGGUAUGAAUUUUCUGAAUAGUACUAACUUAACGUGUGCUUCCUGUUCAGUGAAUUUUUUUCCCCUCUUGGGCUUUGCUUCCAAAUAUGGUAGACAUUCUUUUAUAAUCCAUUUUUGUUAACCCUUCUUCAGCCUUUUAUGAACCCCUUUUCGAAAUGCUUUGGGAUGAAGAAAACAUGGUACUUGAACCUUGUGUACGGUGAGGAUGCUAAUGUAUGAAAUUGAAUGAGCUUAGUCAACAGAGAAACUAGCUGAUAUGUGGGUUGACCAUCUCAUGGCCAUGAAUGAGGGGUGUGUGUGUGUGUGUGUGUGCACGCGCACAUACACAGACACACAGAAGAGUUGACAUAAUCAACAUCUCCUCCAAUUGCUCAUGCUCAUAGCUAUUAUAUACAUUGGGGUUGCUUUGAAUGGAUACCAAAGUUACUACACAUUUGAAUUCUGGACAAUUGUUCGGUUGCACUUAUUUGUCCCCGCACAGACAUGCACAAACACACACACACACACAAAGUCAUUAUGAAGUAAUUCUUCCUGACUUUUAAAAGGAUUUUUCAAAUAAUACUUUUUUUUGGGGGGGGGGACAUUUAUUACUAUACCUGAACUUAAGUGAGAUACCAUUCCCCCCAUCCCCACUUUCUAGUAGUCUUCCGUAAAAAAAGAAUAAACUGAAAACCUUUGAUAGUUCAAAGUAAGGGGUGUUUUCCACUCUUCUCCUGGAUAACUUGCAUGUGUGAACGAGAAACCCCUAAAUGUUACGCUCUUCUUGUCUAGCCAGAUCCUAUGCAGUUAUCACUUUAUUCUUCUUCCUUUCCCCACCUCUCUUCCAGCAGCUGGCUGCUCACUGCCCCAAUGUAGUUGUCCCACUUAUUCCGGAGCAUAAUCUGCAUUGCUAACUAAUCUCAGAAUGAAUUGCCCAUUGAUACAUUCCACUGGGUUUACUUUCAGAUUCUCUGGUAAUCUGCUAUUAAAUUUUAGCUUUGCAUAGGUAAAAAGCAUCUUAGACAAGCGAGCUAAAUAUAUUGGCCAGACUCCAGAUGUUUUUAAGCACCCGCAGUUCAGCACAAUUAGUAAGCAUGCACACUUUCUCUGCCAACAUGUUUUCUUUUCCCCCCUUACUUUCUUUUUACCAUGAAUCACCCUGAUUUUUCCUGUCUUUAUCCCAAUAGCAACUCCUUUGUCAAUUGGUGUUGAUGACAUGGGGCAAAAGAUUAGUAGUAAGUAAGCCGUACAUGAUUAAAUGGCAUUGAAGCCAACUGGGGCUUCAAAUCGUCUUCGCGCAGCCACUCUACACAUAGGAUAAUUACAACCGAUUCAGUGAUUCAAAGAUGGGGAAAUACAUAUUCCUGAUUGCUCCUAUACAUAAACUAGUUCAGCAUAUCAUAAAUGAAAAGAGCCCUGUAGCCAAUUUUUAUUUUUUUACUUUUUCAGUAGGAUGCUUUUCAGGGAAUACAUAUUUGGUUUAAUUUGGAAGAGAUUUAAGAAAAAUAUCUCCUCUCCAGCAACAAGAAUUGGGACAUUUCAGAACUAUCUAACUCUAACUAAUGUGUAGCCUUUGGUGAGUUAAUCAGGAAAUUAAAGAUGACCGCUUCAGUCUCUUAGAAGCGUCCACUAUCUUUAAUUUUUCUUGAUGUCCCUAUGCUCUACUGGCCCCCAGGCAGCCAUGGACAGCUCCAUUGCUUUUGAUAUGACUCAGGUUUUGUUCUAUGCAAAGGGGUCUUAUUCCUCCUACCGGUAGUACACAAGAUGGCAGGCUGAAGUUCACAGGAAUAAGUGUUUUCCUAAAAAUAAUAAUAAUAAUUCCACAUGAUAAAGCUAUAUAUCUCAAGCCAAAAGGCCCAGACUCAGCAUUUUCUCUUUGCUUCCUAUUUACGAGAUGGUAAGAAUGUCUAUAUCAUGUGAGCCAUAUCGCGCUUGAAGAAGUACUGCCCAGAGGCAGUAUUAGUUAUGUAAAUACUUGGUACACACAGAUAGGACCUGUCAUUGCAGUUGCAUACAAAAUGAGGGAAACUCUUUGACUUCCACAUUCUAAUGUUGAUAGCAAAGCGAUUUACUGCUUUUAUUUAGCGUGUCUUUCACAAGCAAAAGGUAAAUAAUUUUGAUAUCGCCGCAGAGAAAUCUUCCCAGAAUUUUGAUGGGCCGUUUUAGCUGAACUGCAUCUUUCAAAGUCAUUCCAUAUAAUUUGGGAGUGGAAAAAAGAUUUGUUCAAGAUUAUGCAAACAUUGGAUUUUGGCAGUUUCCUUUUUUUGCUCAUUGCAUCUCUCCAAUAGUAAAAUCCAUAGUAAGUUUAUCUACGAAAGAUCAUUAUUUCAAGGCUAUGCACCAAACAGAAGAGCGCUGUACAUUUUUAUUUUAUUUCAUUUAGAGAGAAAAGGAGAGGCAGUGGGAUGUAAGUAACCGUUUCAUCUUUUUUUUUUUUUAAAGAGCAAUAAUUUACAAAUGUAUUACAGGCCAUAACCAAACUUCACCACUGGCAGUGUUAAAGAGAAUAAUUGAACUGGAUCGUGGGAAUUCAAGGCCUCACUUUAACAUAGCUUAAGCAUAUCAUUGAAUUCUUACCAGAACAAUUUCUCAAACCCAGGAUAACUGCUUUUUCAGGAAGUUUAUUUGGGGAGGGGGGGGGGAACCAAUCUUAAAUUCUCCUUGAAGCACUGUAUAAGAAAAAAUAAGUGUGUGUAAAUUUUACCUGUCGCAAGCAGGCUGGUUUGUAAAAGAUGUACGUUUUUGGUGUUAAAAGGUUUAUAAAAUAAUGUAUAUAAUAAUUUUGAAAUUACUGGGCUUUUGUAGAUAUUCAAUGCCAAUCAGGUUCGCUUUGCAUUUUUUGUUACUUGUCUUCAUUUGUGUAAAGUCAUCCGUGUCAGGUUAAUCAUCUAAAACAUUUCUUAUAAAACGAAAAUCACGUCUUAGUUGCUGAAGGGGACUUCAGUUUUCAUUUGGAUCAGCCGUUUUCGGUUAACUUCUGUUUCUAUGAAACUGCUUCCUGGUUAUUGUUUUUUUUAAUGGUUUCUUGUGCAAAUGCAAUCACGUUUUCUAAUGACA